AUGAAAACCGCCGUACCGAGCCUUGGCAUCAGCGUGAGUGUAGCGGAAGAUCCGACGGUUCGUUCAUCCUUGUACCAGGAAUCGUUCAGUGAUACCUCUGCGGGUAAUGGUGAUGGUUAUCGAAAUCACAUGAAACUUAGCCCUGUACAAGAAGGAAAGAUUGAGCAUUUUUCCCCGUCUGAAAAAACUCAGCAAUCAUCCGAUCGUUCAGCCGAACCUCAGUACGUCUACCAGAACGCGGAGGAGGAGGCACCGCGAGCGCAAGUAAUUGGCAGCCAGGAAAUUUACAAAGACCCGAGGCAAGAGCGAUUGAAAAGCCAGAAGCCCUUCACAAAUCAGAUCGAAGGAGAAAAGCUAAGCUUCAAGGAUAAAAUGCGCCUAUUUGCAAAAGAGAUUGGCGAAUCUACUCCAAAGGAACGUGUUAGAGUUUCGAGUGCUCAGAGAAUAAUUGAACAGUCGUUGAACGUAUGA